AUGGCGCUGAUCGACUCGGUGCCCAUGCUGAUGUCGCUGCAGCCUAACGAGCGCAUGAAGCUGUCCGACGCCCUGGAACUCAGGUACCACAAGCGCGGCGAGUGCAUCGUCAGCGAGGGCGAUCCGUCCAACGGCAUGUACUUCGUCGUGGAUGGUGUGGUCGGAGUGUUCGUGACCAGGGGUGCGGGCAAGGGGGCCCGCGUGAACCGGAUCGGCAAGGGUGGCUACUUCGGUGAGCUGUCGCUGAUCACGGGCAGCAACCGCAACGCGUCCGUGUACGCCGAGUGCCCCGUCAAACUGGCGUUUCUGGAUGCGGGCGCGUUCGAGCGCAUGCUGGGCCCAUGCAUGGAAAUUAUGAAGCGCAACAUACAGAACUACACGGCCCAGUUGGCCGCGGUCUUCGGCUCCGAACACGAUUGA